GGUCCUGUCACAGCAAAGCGAUAACACUAGUCUGAACAAAAAAGAAAAUAUAACAGAUAACGAGCUGCUCUGCUUUGGUUUGCUGUGGCCAGCACACCCGGGCUCUGGGGCGGCUGAAUAACAAAACUAUAAGAUCGGAAUAUUGCAACACCAGAGAGCAAUCUCACUAAUCAGUCGGUGUUAGUUGAAUGUGUUGCCGUGAAGCCUUAACUAUCUCUCUCUCCCUCUCAGACCAAAGAAAAAAGAGACAGCCAAGACACUGUCACCCCGUCCGACAUCAUCAACAAACAAAAACCCCACAAAGAGACGAAGCAGCCAGCCAGCCAGCCAGCCAGCCACCAUCUUAACAGGCUGCUGAAAGAGACACACACUGAGAGAAAAUGCUUAUUUUGAUCAACAGGUUAUUAAGGUGAUGGUGGACUCUGACAACCGUGACUGAGGACCUUAACCAGAGCGCAAAAAAAAAAAAAAAAAGACCGGACAGCAAGAACAGCAGCCUGCAUAAAACUUCUUACACGGAUCUACAACACACUUGAUCAAACUCAAAGCUGUGCUGCACAGCUGUUAAGCAUAAGAGGAGCAACAGCUCUGGACCAAAGGUAGCUGAUGCUACGUGGAGUUUAAGACCUUUUUGAGCAAAAGUCAAAGAAGCUGAAACGUUUUUGCUCUGAUGUUCAUGGACCUGUGUGGAGUUACGUGGACCUGAUAAAGAAAUGGAGGGAUAUUAGUUUGGGCUUGGCGCCUGGUUUUCUGCUUCCCAUUAUCGUGUGGAGUACAGAGGGCCAGUAGCUGAACUGUUGGCUGCUGCUGGACGGACCGUCGCGGCCCGGGGUUGAAUCGAGCUGCUUCAACAGAGCUGAUGCCAAGGCCAGGAGUCAGCCAUGAUGUUUUUAUAACCUGAUGAUCAGCAGAGAGAUGGUGAGGAAGAAGAAUCCCCCUAUCCGGAGUGUGGGAGGUGAGGAGGAGGAGGAGGAAGAAGAGGGGAGGAGGCCAGCAGGAGAAGAAGAAGAGGAGGGCGAGGAGGAGGGGAGAGUAGGAGCAGAGGCCGAGCGAAUAAACCGACCCUCUGAACCGGAAUCCUCCGACCGGAUCAGAGGAGAUGAGGAGCAGGAAGAGGAGGAGAGCGAGUGUGUAUCCUCAUCUGUCUCUCCCUCCUCUGUCGGAGAGCGCGACUGCAGUGAGGAGAGAAGGGAGAGGAGAAGAGGAGGAGGAGGAGGGGGGAGGGCCAAACAAGGAGGAGCAGCGUCAACCGACAGACCCGAGAGCCAGUCGGACCCUGAGGAUGGGGAGAAGGGGUUAGAGGAAGGAGAGAGAAGCGAGAGAGACAGAGGGGAGGCAGAUCACCUCACUGCUCCUCUCCUCUCCGCUCCCCACCUCCUCCCCAGACAGGAAGGAGGGGAGGAGUCGACAACCGACACCCCUCCGCUUUCCUCCAGCCCCUCUCCUAAACUCCAGGACUUCAAGUGCAACGUGUGCGGUUACGGUUACUAUGGAAACGACCCCGCUGACCUGGUGAAGCACUUUAGGAAGUAUCACCUGGGUCUGCACAACCGCACACGGCAGGACGCUGCCCUCGACACACACAUCCUGGCCCUCCACAACAUGGCUCCCCAACACACACCUCUAGAUAUACAGGCAGGACAGGGGCAGAGGAACCAAGCCAAAGAGUUGGGAAAGACAAGACCAGAUAUGCACAUUCAACAGCACAGGACAGUUAUGAUGAACGGCACAUACGACGUACAGGUGACGCUGGGUGGCAAGUUAAUUGGGAUUGGCCGGAAGACCUCUGAUUGCCAGGGGAAUACGAAAUACUUUCGCUGCAAAUUUUGCAACUUCACGUACAUGGGCAGUAACUCCUUAGAACUUGAACAACACUUCCUGUCCUCGCAUCCAAAUAAAGUCAAAACACCGCCAACCACGCCUCUGCUGGCCACCAAUAACCUGGCGACGCACGACAACCAGGGAAAGGGGAGGAGUCAGAUCUUAGAUGGGGCGGAGCGAGUUGCAGUGAGAGCGGAAGACGACUCCUUGGUGGGAUACUCCAUCCCUGUCAGGGCGUGUUCAGAUUCGUCAGGCUGGACUGGGGAGGCGGGUCGAGAUGGCGUGCAGACGUAUUACUGGUGUAAAUUCUGUAGCUGGAGCUGCGAGUGGUCGGGGGGCUCAGCGAAACUUUUAGAGCACUACGAACAAAGACACAGAAUGAGCACGGGAGGUACGAUGAGCCCCAGCAACUCUAAUCCUAGUGGGGUGGACAGGGAGAGAGGAGGGAGAAGAGAAGGAGGAGAGAGAGGUCACGUGUCAUCCAAAAGCCGCAAAGAUGUAUCAUCCAACCCGUCCAGCACCAGCCAAGGAGACGCAAACAGCAGUGAUUCAGAAGCAGUCGUGACCAGUUAUAACUGCCAGUUGUGCGAUUUCCGGUACUCAAUGGCUCACAGUGCAGAUGUGAUCGUAGUAGCACCGUUACUAUUGCACUACCAGCACAACCACUCCAUCCACAGAUGCUGCAUCCAGCACUGCAUGUACUGUCCACAGGGGCUCUGUCAGCCACAGAAACACCUGGGGGAGGUGUCUCACCCUUUUGCUUGUCGGAAGCCCAGCUGUCCUAAAUGCUGUUCCAAGUUUCCUCCGUCCACCAAGCAGCAAGACACCAUCGGAUCGAAACCUGCUACCGCCACCUCACCCAGCAUGACCCCUCCUAAUCCCCGAGGUGACCCCGGUAUGAUUUCGGGAUCAACUUUUCACUCCUCUAACCCUGCCCAUCCUGUUGUCGCACAAGGCGUCACCCACUUGUGCGACCAGUGCGCAUUUGCCACCACGGACAUCGAUGUGUUGCUCCAGCACUACGAAAGCUGCCACACCUUGAUCAACCUAAAGGGGGCACCGCCACAUGUCAAGGCUGAGGAAGAGGUUGGAGGAGACAAGGAAGGGGUGAGAGGAGGAGGAGGAGGAGAGAGGGAGUACUCGUGUACAAAGUGUCACUUCAUCACAGAAGUGGAAGAGGAGAUUUUUAGACACUACAGGCGCGUCCACGCAUGCUGCCGUUGUCGACGCUGCGACUUCACGGCUCCCGAUUCGUCGGCCCUCCUCGACCAUUUUAACUCGGCCCACUGUCACGACUCCUCUCCCUCAUUAAGCUCAUUGACAACGAACUCCUUACCCACCUCAGUGACGCCUUCGUUAACGCUCUCAGCCAAUGGCUGCUCGGCUCCCUCAACUUUAGCCAUUAAAGAAGAAAGCAAGGGGGAUCUUCGCCUCCUCUACUCCCUUGCACCGCCUGAGGGACGGUUGGCAGAAGGAGGCCGAGAAGAGGUAGGAGGAGUGGUAAAAAGUGAGGGAGGUGAGGAGAAAGACAGAGAGCGGGAGAAAGGCUGGGUCCUUGGGGAGACGAGAGGACUGGGAGAGAGAGGAGGCGAGCAGGCCCACGGGUUACUCUGGGUACCCAAGGAGCGGAUGGGGCCAGAAAGAGGAGUAGAAAGAGGAGCAGGAGGUGGGAGUCCUUCUCUUUUCUCCUCCCCUCUCUCACUGUCAUUUGUUUCAGCCAAUCACGAGGCCUCGCAGCAGAAAAGAGGCGUGGCUUCACCUAGCAUGGUUUACCUGGGAGACACCAAGUCGUUUAUGGGAGAUACCAAGUCGUUUUUGGGAGAUGCCAAGCUGUACGGAGGAGGAAGGCCAGGAGGAACCACUGCAGGUGGAGGUGGAGCAGAGAAACGGAGCCAGAUGCCUCAGCAGUACGCAGGGGGAGGAGGGAGCGGGGGUGGAGGAGGACAGGAGAAAGGAGGAGCCGCUAAAGAGGAGUCCCAAUCCCUAUUACGGCGACGCAGAGGCAGCGGGGUCUUCUGUGCAAACUGUCUGACCACCAAGACAUCGCUGUGGAGGAAGAACGCUAAUGGGGGCUACGUCUGCAACGCAUGUGGUUUAUACCAAAAACUACAUUCGACACCCAGACCUCUAAACAUCAUAAAACAGAACAACGGUGAACAAAUCAUCCGCCGCAGAACUCGAAAACGCAUCAACCCCGAUUCCCUGUCAUCAGAGACACCCGCCCCCAAGCAGCAACGCAUCACCGGUGUGUGUGAGCGUGUGAACGGGGAAGAGUCAGACCGAAGUUGUGCAUCGACCAAAAACCAGCAGCCUUCCCCUUGCUCACGCUCACCCCGAUCCACUCAAGCCUUUCUUGCCAAUCAAACAUUGGAGAUCCACCGACGCAUGCCUCCUCUUCUCCUCCCUUCACAUCCACCCACCUCGUUGGUAGCUGAGGGCAAUGGGAGCAUCGCUGAGGGAGGGAUAAUAUCAAAAGUAGAGGGAGGUAAAGGAGGAGGGGGGUCAGAGAGAGGCAGUCCGAUUGAAAAGUACAUGCGUCCAUCCAAACCGUCCAGUUAUUCGCCUCCUGGUUCGCCCAUUGAGAAGUAUCAAUACCCUCUUUUCUCCUUACCUUUACCAUUAACCCUCUCACCUGAUUUGACACCUGAGUCAGAUUGGCUCAGAUUCUGGACCAAGUACAAGAUGGCAGCAACCUCUGGGGUUCCUGGCAGCAUCAGUAACCUAAGCAGCCCCGGUAGCCUCGGAAAUAACGCUCAUUAUCUCGGUGCAAUGGUGGCUCCAGUACAGCAUCAUCAGCAAAGCUACACGGUGCCUUACUGCGCCUCUCCUUACUCUCCUCUUCCGCCUCCCCCAGCUCCUCCUCAUUACCCUCCUCCUCCUCUCCACUCCCAAACCUCAUCACCCUCAUUAGAAAACGAUGCCCCUUUGGAUCUCGCAAUAAGACAAAGAGAUACUGCAAAUGUACACAUGUCGACAAACGGUGCCGAGAGAGGAAGGCAGGGGUCGCCACUUGCUGAGAGGUUGAGAGAGAACUGGAAAGGAGAAAAGGAGGAGGAGGAGGAGGAGGAGAGGAUAGAUGAAGGAGGGAACAAGAGGGAGGAAAGAGGAAAGGAAGAUUUGACAAAAAGUCAGCCAAGCAUCCCAUCGAAUCGCGCAAUGGUGGAAGCAGCCACGCAGGAUGACCUGAGCAACCGCUGCAUCCACUGUGGGAUCUACUUCCUCGACGAGGUCAUGUAUGCCCUGCACAUGAGUUGCCACGGCGACCAGGGGCCAUACCAGUGCAGUUUUUGCCUCCACGUGUGUGUGGAUCGAUAUGAUUUCACCACGCACAUACAGAGGGGCUUACACAAGUACACAGACAAAACAAAGAGGAUUCACGCACAGGACGGCCUGAUUCAAAAUGUCCCGGCAAUGUCGGAGUGUCAAAAUGCGACACCGGGCGAAAAAGACGAGGGUGAACGUAGCGCAGAUGAAAGCAAUGAUGUCAUAGGAGUUUGUCAUGACGACCAAGCAGAAGAAACUACAGGCAACAAUGCCACUGACAACGAAACAGAAGUUGAAAAGGAAGAAAGAGGAGACGGUCAUGACGUCAUAAACCAGGAAGAGGGCGAUGUGUCAGCUAGUAACAAUGACGUCACAAAAACGACAGAGGUCACGACUGUUGCUGAAUCUAAAAACUUAGAAGAAAACACAGAGUAAUUAAUCUGAUGCCUUCGACUUACACACAACCUCUAAGAACGUGUUUUUUUGAAUGAAUAAGCUGUCGGCCUCCACGUUUCUGGAGGCUUGCUCAUGUCAAAAUGGGCCUAUCCUGGGCACUAAAUGGAACACAUCCUUAUGCUGGAAGCACUCGGCUGUCAAAUGGUCAAAAAUCAUUGUAGGAUCCCGCUGAACUGCUGCAGGGUUGGAUGAAUAGCCUGAAUCCUGCGUUGAGCGACGGCCACUUGACAGCUCCGUGGCAAGUCUUCAACAACAGUGUCCGGGCAUGCAGCUGAAAUCACCUUUAAUAAACAGCCACUUCAUGCGCUUUCCAAAUAAGAGGAUUGGAAGCUCGACUGAAAGUUGGACUGCUCACAUUUAGGAUGAGGAGCUCAGCACUUGCACAGCCACCAUACAGCAGAGCAAAAAAAAAAAAAAAUGCUAGAAGCAAAACACUUAAACUGAGCUGUUUUGUUAUGCACCAUGCUAAACUGAACCCCGAGCUGGCCGAAACUAGUCUGAUGCAUCAUUCAGGCCAUUUUAUCCUGGUACAACCAGAUCUCAUCUGGUUAGAACUACUCUGUUCUGGUCCAGAGCCUGUUUUUGACUAUUGCAAAUGGAUCCAAAACCAAAACUUAUUUUGACUUUGUGAAACUGGUCAGAGCUAAACCAGUUAUUUUGGGAGCAGUUUAAACUGGUGUUGGUACAAAAGGAUCAGGUGGCUCCUUUCACUCAAGCCCUGUUGCUCAUAAAACUGGCAAAAACAACAAGUGGCAAAAUCACCACGGCUGCAAAGUGGCCCCAAAUGGGAGACUGUUUGGGUUUGACUUUUUUGAACUGCUUGAAAACCAGUUUCAACUGGUUGAACCGGAGUAAUUCCGGACCGAAGUGUUCUCUUCAUCCAUUUGGAUCAAACCAAGUGACAUUAUUUUUUACCUUCCUCCGUGCCAUGAUACUAGCUACGUGCCUGGCUGCCUGCCUAAUAGAACAACCAUCUAUUAACCUGCUUAACAUUUAUAUUAAUGAUAAUAAUGGUAAUAAUAAUAAUUAUAGUACAAAACAUGCAAUUUGCUACACUUUCCUAUAUAAUAUGUUAUUUUGUAAAGGCAAAUAUUUUUUUUUUUUUGCAGGAAAUGGUACUAUAAAAAUGUAGGUAUUUUUCUUUUUUGAGCUAUCGGUUGUUUGCGUUCUUAUGGAGACUUGUUACGCCGUCUAACAGAAAUGGUACAGCAAAAAGAGGGGGGGUUGUGUGUAUGUGUGCAUUUGUGUAAUUGCGUUCUGUGUGUGUAAGGAUCAAAGGAUGCUUCCGUCCCCAAACAAUGAUGUAAACAUAAUGAAGGCUCGCGCUUGGUAUUUCAGUCCUCAGGGGUCACACGUGUUGCACACCAACCCACCUGUUUCAUAGCAUGUGACACAUCUUUUUUUUUUUUACAUGUCGAAUGGUCGAAUGGUUUUAGCAUGUUACGUAAUGUUCUCUUAAGUUCUCUUAUAUGUGUUCUUAUCAUGUUUCUGUGUUAAUAGGUCAAAAUGGUCUUAGUAUGUAACUUUAUCUGUAUGUCUUUCACUUGGUUUUAUAGAGAGACUUAGGAACUUAGGGAAAUCAACCCUACAUUUUUUUCAUGAGGAUCAAUUUUUUGGGUUAACUGUUUGAACUUUUACUCUGUAUUGAGUCUACAGAGCUUCUUGCCUACAGUGUUUUAUUCAGCCUAUUAUAUUUCGGAGAGUUUUUUAGGCUACCUCUAUGUAGCAUGUUAGCGUCUUAUAAAAUCUGCAAAAUAUGUUGCCUUUUCAGUGGAUGGGAACUGUUACACGUUAGACCUAAAUUAACCUAAAGGUUACAUUUUAUAAUUCAGUGAAGUAAAACCAGCGUAUUUCUUUCAACUCAUCCCACUUUUCUGCCAUCCACUACCCACUGAGAUAAGAAAAAGACCCAUCUGAUAUCAUGACGGAGUCUCUCUUUAAACCAAAUCUUCAUAGUUUGUUUUCCUCGUUGGGAGAGUCAUGACAGUCAGGUCCUUGAAAGUCCCCCUGUUCUGUAGAAUGGAGCAACACAGUGGCCAUCUUGUUUAUUUUUAUAAAAAGAGAAUCACUUCUCUUGCCUUGCUGCCUUAGUUGCUAGAAAACAAACAUUAAAAAAAUUCACCAAGAGACUCCUUUUGAAGAACGUAAUAAUAGGCCGAAAGAAAAUAAAAAGACAGGAAGGAAGAAAUAAUGAGAUAUUUUUCUAUGCUUAUCCAAAAAACAUGAAUGAAAAACAUAUUCCGCCUAGUGCCUGGUAACUUGUACAGUUUUUCUAGUAAGUGUAAUCGUCUGUGUCGAGAAGUUAUGUAAGUUAUGAUUCAUGUCAGGCAGAGGCUGGGCAAACAGACUGCUAUAUUUAAUUCCUGUGCACCGAGUUAUCAGUCAUCAAUUUUAAUGCUUGAUUUCAGUGUAGUUGUCUUUUCGGCCCACGAUAGAGACCCACUUGCUUUUAAAAAAAUGAAAUUGGUUGCUAUGCUAACUGUCAAUCACUAUCCACCAUUUUUGCAUGUACGUAUGUACACAAUUCUGUAGAAAUGUUUGGACAUGCCCUUUUAUAUGAUCAUACCAAGAGGAUGUGCUGUUCUUGGUAUUUGGUUUCUUUUGAUCUGGGAGCUCAAUUAAGGCAUACAGUCAUGUCACCACAGUGCCCAUAUCAUGGUAAAGGUUAAAGGUCAUGUUAAGGUGUUGUUUCUCUACAGAUUAGCUGAUUAGAAAAUGGAUUAACCCUUUGAAACCUGGAGCAAUUUUCUUGUGUUGUUUUCAGACGCCUUUUGCAAGUAUUUAAACCUUUGA